AUGUUAUGGAUAGUUAUCUUUGUUUCUGUGCUAUUAAUCAAUCCAUCCUAUUCUCAUUAUGAUGAUGAUGAACUACCAAAGAUCUUCAUAGUGUAUGUGUCUAAAUCGGUUAAGCCAUCGAUAUUCAAAACCCAUCAUGAUUGGUAUACUGCAACCCUCCAAUCUCUUCCACCUUCAUCAUCAUCUUAUCAUAGCCAUCGUCCUUGUCGCGAAAUCAUUUAUACUUAUGACCAUGCUAUUCAUGGUUUUGCAGCAAGAUUAACACAUUCUCAAGUUGGUCAUCUCAGAAGUCUACCAGGAUUCGUCUCAAUCAUCCCUGAUAGUGUUCACCAACUCCAGCUCCACACCACUUAUUCUCCUCAGUUUCUUGGUCUAAAUGAUGGUUUUGGCAUCUGGCCUACCUCAAACUACGGUGAGGACGUCAUUAUUGGUGUUUUGGAUUCCGGUAUCUGGCCGAAACAUCCAAGUUUUAAUGAUUCGGGUUUAACUCCUGUUCCUAAAAGAUGGAAGGGUAUUUGUGAGGAGGGAACUGAUUUUCAAGAAACAUUAUGUAAUCGAAAGCUGAUUGGCGCGCGAGCAUUUUAUAAAGGUCUUGAGGAGGGUCUCGGGCACAGGGUAGAUAAAGAUGGUACAGAAUCCAGAUCGCCAUCGGAUACCAAUGGACAUGGUACACACUGUGCAGGAAUUGCAGCUGGAUCUUCCGUUCAGAAAGCUGGGUCUCAUAAUUAUGCUGUUGGAGAAGCGAAAGGGAUGGCAACUAGAGCUAGGAUUGCUUCUUACAAGAUACAUUGGGGUCAUGUAGGUGGAGACUUAAGUGAUAUCCUAGCUGCUGGGGAUCAAGCUGCGGCCGAUGGAAUUGAUGUGUUGUCUAUGUCAGUAGCUGAUGGUGGGUUUAAAGAACUUCGAGAUGCGUUAGCGCAAUUAACCUUUGGUUUAAUGCAGAAAGGAAUUUUUGUUUCUACUUCCGGUGGAAAUGAUGGACCUAAGCCAAAAACAGUUGAAAAUCUAGCACCAUGGGUAUUAACUGUUGGAGCAUCGACUAUGGAUAGGGAGCUUCGUGCCGAUGUGAUUUUGGGUGAUGGUCAAGUUAUUCCAGGUGUUUCACCGUUCUUUGAAGAUGCAAUAGUGACCGGUUACUCAGAAUUUUACUACGGUGAUAAUAGUAACAGCCAGGGUUGUUUAGGCGGAUCAUUAAGUUCUACAGAAGUUGCUGGAAAAAUUGUGGUUUGUGACAGUACUGGUUUAAAUUCGGCUUGGGAGCAAGGGACAGUAGUUAAGAGUGCCGGUGGUGUUGGAAUGAUCAUCAUUGGUAACAAACCGGCAGCACAAUUGCUGACUUCUGAAUCCCGUUCGUCGGUUCCAGCAGUCGAAGUCAGUGACACUUAUGGAUCUAAGAUUCUAGACUAUAUCAGGAGGAGCCGUUCACCUACAGCUACAAUCAAAAUCCAAGGAACUGUGACUGGUUCUUCUUUGUUUCCAGCUCCUAAACUUGCGGCAUUCUCUAGCCGUGGACCAAAUAAAAUAACACCAGAAAUUCUCAAACCAGAUAUCAUCGCGCCCGGCGUAAAUAUAUUGGCUGCUAAGACUGGAUUUGGUGCAGGUACAACAGAUGAGUUUGAGGUGAAGUCUGGUACUUCCAUGGCAUGCCCUCACAUGAGUGGAUUGGCCGCGCUGCUUCGAAGUGUUUAUCCUGAGUGGUCUCCGGCUGCAAUCAAAUCCGCUCUUAUGACUACAGCCUAUGAUGUUGACAACUCAGGUAAGUAUAUUACUGAUAUUGCCAGCGGCAAAUUUUCAACUCCAUUCCAACAAGGGUCUGGGCAUGUAGACCCGAACAAAGCGUUAAAUCCGGGUUUAGUAUACGACAUCACACCUAGUGAUUACGAAGCUUUCCUCUGCUGGAUGGGGUACGACGCAACAGAGAUGUCAGUUUUUGUGAAGGAUAAGAAGGUUGAUUGCGAUUCAAUCAGGGCAUCCAGCAGCCCCGGUGAUCUCAACUAUCCUUCAUUUUCAGUCGUCUUCGAAUCUGGAAAAACAGGUAAGGUGAAGCAUAGGAGAGUGCUCACAAAUGUCGGGAAUUCAGCAGAUGCUGUUUACAAGGUGAAGAUCAGAUCUCGAACAUCAUCCGUUAAGAUCAGUGUUUCGCCAACGAAACUUGUGUUCACUGCAAAUAAGAAGAGUUUGCCAUAUGAAAUCAUGUUCGAGUCGGCUCCGGGUACCACAGAAACCGAAGCAUUCGGGUCAAUAGAAUGGUAUGAUGGAGAACAUGUUGUAAGAAGUCCCAUUGCUUUUAGCUGGGGUACUGCCACUCCUGCUACUGCUAGCUUGAUUUCUUCUGCUUAG